AGGAAGGCUUCCUCUGUGCUGCUCUGCCGUGAUCUGUGCGUGUUGUGAGCGCCGUUAAAUCGCAGCUAUUCUCCGAGGAGCGGAAGCUCGGCAGCUCUACGACCGGCUCUCCCGCUGCUGGGAGUUGGCUGCGAAGCCUGCCCUCGUCUGACGUUUCUGGGCUGUGUUGAUAGUUGUGCGUGAUAAACCGAGUGAGGGAGUCGUUCCUUAGCAAGGCUGAACAGAAAACUGCUGUUCUUGUUCUGCCCUCGUAAUCGCUGAUAACCCGUUUAGGUCACAGGCCCUCAAUGGAAACUGACUGCACUCCUAUGGAGUUGACCAAUAAUGCAGAGUCUGAAGAGGAUUCUGAUUACAGAGACUUCGAAGAAGCAGAUGUAAAAGAUAUGAGACUAGAAGCUGAAGCUGUAGUGAAUGAUGUUCUGUUUGCUGUCAGCAACAUGUUUGUUUCAAAAACCCUUCCGUGUGCAGAGGAUGUGGCAUAUAUCAACGUGGAAACCAGGGAGAGGGGCAGAUACUGUGUGGAGCUCACUGACUCAGGACUAAGGGUAGUAGCUUAUGAUUUUGAUCAGACUGAUGACAGUUUGCAAAACCCAUACCAUGAAACUGUCUACUCCUUACUGGACACGCUCAGCCCUGCAUAUCGGGAGGUGUUUGGAAAUGCAUUACUACAAAGACUGGAAGCUUUGAAGAGAGAUAGUCAAUCGUGAUGUACCCUGAAGGAAGAUUUAAGACUAGAAGGAAUUCUUUGUUUGAGGCACUGAGAUCUUUGUUACAAAUGCAGCUGCAAACAUUUAAAGAUUCAUUUCUUGCAUUGAUAUCUAACACAUACUAGAACUGUUCUAUAAUAUAUUGCUGCAGAAGAUUUAUGCAUAUCACAGUGCUAUCCACUUGGAUAGACUGUAAAACUAAUCAAUGUUUUCUUUUUGUUGUAGGUGAGCUUAUAACUUCUUUCAAAAAUGUUCAAAAAUAUUUGGUCUCUUUUCAAAGUUUUACUAUUGAAAGCUUUUGAAAAAAUGUAGAGAAUGAAUGUUAUAUAGGCAAGUAAUAAUCAUUUUUUGUGCUUACUGGUUAUUGCCAUAUCUGAUUUUUAACAUGGAAAUUAACCACCUAAUUACUGUCCGUUAAUUGAAAUUAGUAGAACAAAACAAGCAGUUAACUUCUAUUUCAAACUAAGAAAUAGACUUUCACACCAAUUUGCUGUGCAUAAAUCUGAAAGUUCUGAGUUUUGAUAACAAGAAAGCUCUUGAGCAGCUGAGUGUUGCUUAUAUAAUGACAAUGUCUGAGCUAAAAGGAAACUUAAUUAUUACUUGAUCCGUCCACAACAAGCAACAAACUCCAAAGAGUAAAUGAUCUACCAUUACUAUAUGAAUGUAUUGUCUGAAUUGCAAAUGAACUAAGCACAGAAGUAAGUUAGGAUAUAAUAGGAUACAUUCCUUAAGGAUGAUGUAUGUAUGUUAUAUUGUGACUUUUUGGAAGAUUUGGAAGACAUUUUAGCUUGUUUACUCUUCUGAAUGUGUGUUUACAUAAUGUGCAGGAUAUAUAUAUACCCAAACUAUUUUUGCUUCAGCCUUUACUUUCUACAACAUGGUAAUUUGGUACUCCUGUUUUUCAACUUUUCUUCCUCAAUUUUACAGUAUCCUCUCCUAAUGAAUACAAGUAUGCAUUGUAAUACUGAUUGCAUUGUAUUGGUUUGAAACCAAAGGUAUGAAAUUUAUUAGGACUAACACAAGCUGGAAGACGUAACUUGUAUUUUCUACUUAAAAACUGGUACAAAUCUCUUUAUAACAUAUUGCUUUAACUUUUCAAGUAUGUAUUGAGUGGUAGACUUUUUUAAAAAAAAUACUGUUACUUAGAAAUACUAGAACUUCUGAACUCGCACUCUAUGACCAUGAUACUACUUGUAUUCUUGUAUUAUUCAGUAUUUGGGCAUCUUUAUUUAUCCUGUCAUGCUGUUGUGCUAAGUAUAUCUGUAUCUUUAUUGGAUCCAUGCUUAGGAACAUAUCAGUCCUUGUGAACUUACAAAUUCUGUUGACUUCAGUAGAGCUGUACUGACUUACACCUGUUGAGGAGUAGCAAUAUUAAUUGGAGAAGGCAAACAUUGGAUUUUUUAGAAUAGUUUUGGGAUAAUGAUGUUAUAACUGUGAUUGGUGAGAUAACCAUAGUCAUUUUUUCCAUUUUCUACAGCUUAAUUUGAUGUUUGUUUAAUUAUCUUGUUAGAUUGAUACUUCCAAUGUUAAUCUUUUGAUCCUGGGUAAGGACCUAUGCUGUAAAAUUUGUUCAUAGGCUCUGUUUUGCACACAGGUCUGUGGCAUGUGGUUAGUCCUCUGUGAGGAGAAUGUACUUUACCAAAUUUAUAUUUAAAUAUUUUCCCUUGCAGUUAAUUUCCUUGUUCAAUUUAAAUGACUAAAGCAUUAAAUAAAUGCA